UCAGUAAGAGUCCCUGGUCAGUAAAUCCGCACAUCAGUCAGUAGGUACAUUGAGAACACUGCCACCUAGCGUAUUGAGGCUGCACAGCGCUCGUCCUGCACGCUCACAGAAGCCACAGUCACGUGGUUUUAAUGUUAUUCCUGGGGCGGGGUCCUGAUUGGCUGACGGCUGUAGUCUCCGCCCGGAAGUAGGGGAGUGCUCAGCUGUUCAGUCCCCGAGACGUUAAGUGUUUUUUUUUUUUCCUGGUUUACAAAGAUGGCGGCACAGACGACGGAGGGGAUACGUCUGAGUGCGUUGUGCCCCAAGUUCCUGCACACUAAUUCCACCAGUCAUACGUGGCCUUUCAGCGCAGUCGCAGAGCUCAUAGAUAAUGCGUAUGACCCUGAUGUGGGUGCCAAGCAGAUUUGGAUUGAUCAGACUGUUGUAAAUGGUCAACUGAGCUUAACCUUCACAGAUAAUGGGAAUGGGAUGACUCUCGACAAACUGCACAAGAUGCUCAGUUUUGGAUUCAGUGACAAGGUUGCAGUACAAGGUCACGUUCCGGUCGGCCUCUAUGGAAAUGGUUUUAAAUCCGGCUCCAUGCGUCUAGGCAAGGAUGCGAUUGUUCUGACCAAAAAUGACUCUGCGAUGCACGUGGGCAUGUUGUCACAGACUUUCCUGGAAGCCGUAAAUGCCGAGCAGGUCAUCGUGCCAAUCAUCUCCUUCAACAAGCAAAGGCAGGUGGUGAAUACCCCGAGCUCCGAUGUAAAUCUACAGGCAAUUUUGGGGCAUUCUCUUUUGAAUUCAGAAAAGGACCUACUGGCGGAACUGGAUGCAAUUAUUGGGAAAAAAGGCACAAGGAUCAUCAUCUGGAAUUUAAGGCGGGACAAAAACGGGAAAUCGGAAUUUGAUUUUACUGCGGAUAAAUAUGACAUAAAAAUUCCUGAGGAGAUUGAUGGAUCUUUCAGGAAGGGAUAUAAGAAGCAAGAAAGGAUAGAACUUGUUGCUCCUGACAGCGACUAUUCUUUGAGGGUAUAUUGCAGCAUUUUAUAUCUGAAACCACGGAUGCAGAUUGUCCUUCGAGGCCAAAAAGUACAAACACAACUUGUUUCAAAAAACCUGGCGCACAUAGAAAAAGACGUCUACAGGCCAAAGUCCAUAUCCCAUAAACCUGUGAAAAUCACCUUUGGUUAUAACUGUCGGAACAAGGAGCACUACGGCAUAAUGAUGUACCACAAAAACAGGCUAAUAAAGGCCUACGUGAGAGUCGGCUGCCAGCUGAAGGCUAACAACAUGGGCGUCGGCGUGGUCGGGGUUAUUGAGUGUAACUAUCUAAAGCCCACACAUAACAAACAGGACUUUGACUACACAAACGACUACAGACUUACGCUGACUGCAGUAGGAGAGAAGCUGAACGACUACUGGAAUGAGAUGAAACUGCAGAAAAAUUCGCUGUCAAGUGUCCCCGUAGAAGACGAGCAAAAACGACCUGAUCAGAGCUGGGCCCAGUGUGAUUCUUGUCUAAAAUGGAGGAAACUUCCUGACGCCAUGGGGAAGCUUCCACCAAAGUGGUACUGUCAUAUGAACCCAGACCCGCAGUUCAGAGACUGCAGUGUUCCUGAGGAACCAGAGGACGAUGACGAAAUCACUCACUCAACAUAUGAGAAGACGCACAAAAAAAGGAGAAGUGAACAGCUAUCACAGGUCUUCAGAAAUAACACAAUCCUGUUUAAUCCUCCAAGUAAAGAGAUGCAGCAAGCGCUGAACACUGUCCAGGCCAAUUACAGACCAGCGCUGUCUUCGAAUCCAUCCACGUUGGUGGCAGCUGAAACCUCAGCACAGCCCAGUACACCCCCUGAUCGAAAACGUCUGCUUUCACUCGACCCUUCUCCAGUGCCUGCAAAAAAGCCACCGGUUACUGUAACCGAGACCAUCGAGCUUCCAGAUGAGGACGAUGAAGAAGCCGAUGAUGGAGAUGUGAUCAUCAUAGAGGAUGUCAGCACACCCAAACCCAAGAGUGAAAAAGCAAAACCCGUAAACGGUUCCGCUAUUAGUCCCGUCCCCAUGGAAAGUUUAGACGGUGAGACUUCGGGGAUGCCUGAUACGGGAGGGAUAGCUGCAGUCGGCACACAGACUGAAAGGCAGGGAAUAGUUGUUAAAAAGGAGGAAGAUGAUUCUUACAGCGACUUGCAAGGGCACACGGAGAUGCCAAGUGAGAAUCUGUUCAUAAACUGCAAUGGCACAGUGUCGAGUACCCACCCGAAUCUCAGCUCUGAGAAGGAGAAAGAAUAUUACAAAAAGCGUUGCGAAGAACUGAGCACCAAACUAAGACGUCUAGAGGAAACCAGCAGUCAGCAAGUGAAAACGGAGACGUCUCACCAGCAAGUGCAGACCAAUCCAAGUCGUGAGGACUUAAAGUACGAUGAGGCCUUGAAGGAGGUCUGCAGGCUGAAGCUAAUGUGUAAAAAACUGCAGGAGCUGAAGUCUCAGUCCGGCUCUGAAGUUGACAGCACAAGUGAGAUGGACGAUAUGGCGAUACAACUAGAUGACGUUUUCCGGAAGUUUGAUUCCUGUUCUGCAGAAAGAGAUCAAUACAAAUCAGAGAUCGAGCAGUUAAAGCUGCAGAAGAGGCAGCUGGAGGCCGAGAAAAGCAAACUGAAGACUGAGCUACAGAAAUUAAAGGAAGCGACUGAGACCAAAGCCUCCACCAGUGUGCACGGGCAUGAAAGGUCUAAGUUACGGACACUGAGGAUUCACGUCGCCCAGUUGCUCACCACCUUGAUGCCAGAGCUGGACUUGGAGCAGGUGGACUACGACGUGGACGUAAUUGAUGAGAUUCUAGUCCAAGUGCUGGAGCAGGCCGAGAAACAAGCGAAUGGCCACGAAUAACUAAAACGCGCCUUGGGGGAUGUCGGAUAAUGUUUCUUCUAAACUGUGCCAACAAAACUUUUUUAUUUAAGUCUUACGAUGGAACAAUGGCGUCUGGCUGCUUCCAAGAAGCAGGAUCUCUGUGUCCCUGGACUAUUGCAGAGGACACGGACACCACCAUUAAUAAUAAUCUGUCUGAUCGAUGUUAUUUGCAAGGGAAGAAUUAUGCACAAGGCGGAUACCUCAGUUUUUUUUAUACAAAUUUUACUAAAUCUAUAAUGACCUGCUGUAUUUUUAAUACAUAAAACGCCAAACGAAGCAGCCGCGAAUGCUCCGAUUUUUAGGGAAAAGUCCAUACCAGUUCUGUAUAAUGUUUGGAGACUGUUUUGGCUUUUCCUGUUUUUUUUUUUUUUGUAUUAUGUGAAGAGGUCGAGUUGAAGUAUUGCUCAUUUUGCUAUUUUCUAAAAUAUAUUGUUUGCAACUACAACUCCCAGCAGAAGCUACACAAAGAAAGUCCACAGCGCACUCUAAAAGUCCUUACCUCUCAACCCCAAUGCAAUAAAAAAAAAAAAAACAGCAGUGUUUCACCCCAGGUGUGGGCCUUCAUCGGCAUCCGUAUUUGCAUCAAAACGUUGUUUUAUGCUGGAAUAAUAGUCUUUGAAUCGGUUUCACACCCGUUUGGAUGCUGUAGCCUUCUCUACAUUGCGUAUGUCCGGUGGAAGUGGUCAGGCCACCCUGGCAGUGUGACAGCUGGGAAGCCGCAGACUGUAAUGUGGAUUUUUAUGUGACCUGUUUAGCAUUUAUUUAUAUUACAGCAGUGCCAGUACGACUCGGUUCACAUCGCAGGGAAAUCUCCAUAGGCUGCCGGAGGCCGAAAGAGCGGCGGUGUAGUCCCUGCCGGCGUGCACACCUGUGUUAAUCAAGGACAUUUUACUAACUUUAAAGGGGUUGUUCGGCCUAGGCCAUCCAGUAGGGGCAUUGUGCUAUGACUAAUAGUGUUGCGGCAUUCUAGUGACCACUGAGGUCAGUAAUUGGUCUCAGCGGGCACGGACCAAGCCACUAGGGCAGGGAUCAACAACCUGCAGCGCUCCAGCUGUGGUGAAACUACGACUCCCAGCAUGCACACUUGCUUGGCUCUUCUCGGAACUCCCUUAGAAGUGAAUGGAGCAUGCUGGGAGUUGUAGUGUCAC